AAAAGAGAACUUUUCCUCCAUGAGAGAACAUUUCAUUUUAGGAUUUGGGUCAACAGCAAAAUCUGCCAACUGUGUGAGAGGGAGCAGAGGGACCCGGGGAGGGGGGGAUGUGGAGAUAGCAGAACAGACGAGCAACCCAGCGUCAGAACACACAGACUUUCCCCCACGUGAAUCAAUAUUCAAGCCUUGAACUCUCUGGAGAAAUGAGGCCAGAAAGAAGAGGGAGCUUAAAGAGGGGCUGAAACCAUUUUGGUUCCACUUUCUUCCUCUGGAUUCCAGAACUGCAGCUCUGAAUCUUCUAAAGUGUGCCGUCUGAAGAAGAGCCCAAACUGAAGAGUGAGAUUAUGUCCUGUCAGCUGAAGUGGUUGAUUUUGAUUCAGCUCUUGCUGACUGAACAGGCCCUGUGCAGAUCGCCCCCUCCACUGAUCUACACAAACACUUCACUUCCAGAAACUAACACUGAUGAAGAGACAAAGGCAACGAUCAAAGCGGAUCAUCCGUCUCCUCCGGCAUCAAACCCUCAGCCUUUUGUUUUAUCCACAGGUAAACCCAGCCCUGCAUUAACAGCUUCAGAAAACCAAGACAGAGUCCAGUCUGCUGGACUCACAACAUCCGUGCUCAAGGCGAAGCUUCAGCAGCAGACUGGAGAUCAUUUCUACAUUCAGGGAAACAUCAGCUGUAAAGAGCUUCUAUCUGCAAGCUCUGUGGGUGAUCCAUUAUCCUCAGUGUUCUCUCAAGAGGUGCUGGGUCUCGCCAUCGUGCCCGUGUUGGUGAUGGCGGGCUGCCCAGGUGAGGCUCAGACUCUGGUGCUGAAGCUGUACAAACUGCUGGGAAGAGAUGAUGCAGAUGAGCUCCUGAUGGAGAUAGGAGCUCUUAUGGAGGAGAAAAUGAAAAAGUCCUCUUCUGCUCCAUCACCGGGACCACCAGCUUCAGACAAAGAUGGAGAAGAUCGCCGCCACAUGGAAGCUGUCAUGUUUAACAUUCAGCAGUUGGCCGUGGUAGGUGAAGGUACUGAUGUGCCCCAGGCCCACUGUGAAGGUUGGAUCAGAGUGAAUGGAACCACGCUGGCAGGAACUGAUGUGGCAGGAGCCACUGGUAGACUGGAGGAUGCUGUAAACCGCUGUGAUAGCCUGGGAGCUUUAUGUGCUGGAGUGACCAGCACUGGACCUCUUACACCUGGGACGUACCGAGCGGUGCUGAAGAAAGGAAGCAGCAUCUUUCCCUUCUCAUCCCCCGAGUCUGAGAGCUGGAUCCGUCAGUGCAGGGUCCUGGAUGAUGUUCCGAUCGGGCCAGCCUCAGGGCAGCGAUUGAAGCGCAGCCCUAGGAGAAGCUGUAUCAACAAAAAUGAGGAGCGUGUGUACAGCGUUGUGGAGUGGAUCCCUGGUGUCAGCACACUCUACAACCUGGGAACAGCUGUGUACUACGCCUCAGUCAACUGCUCAGCAACGGCCAAGGAGAGAGCCAUCCUGACCGCUGUUGAUCUGGGAACAGAUGCCCUGAUGGUUGCCACAGGAGGGGCCGCUGGGGUGGCAGGUUAUGCUCUGGGGGCGGGGGUAAAGACAGGAGCGAAAGCUGGAGUCAAAUACAUGUUCAACUCCAUGGCAGAGGAGGACGACGUCCUGGUGAACCAGAGAGGCUGGGAGGGGGGAGUCCUCACAAUCCAGUAGAUCCAAGGAUCUGUCAGUUACACUAACAGAAGUAUAUAGAUUCAGUUGUUUAAUAAAUGACGCCUAAACUUUAUGAUGAAGAUUAUUGGAGAACAAGAAUAAUGUGUUAAAUGCAUUUGUUCUAUUUUUGACUGGUUGGCAGGGUGACCACAUCACAUGCAGUUUAGAAAAUAAAUGGUUACCAUUUUUAAAUUGCGAUUCUAUUAACGUCUUUGUUUUUUACUUUUUGAUAUCUCGCCUUUAAUAUUGUCAUAAUUAAACAGUUGUCUUUCUGAUAAAAAAAAAAAACGUUUUGCAGAAAGACAGUUAGCUAAAAAUUAGAAAAUGUGAAUUUCACAGAAAAGAUAUGUUUUUAGUUACCCAAUACCGUUUCCACUACUGGUACUUUUAAACUUAGCAAAAAGGCCAACACCAACAGGUUUGCUAAAUUCAAAUUUAACAUGUUGGCUCCAAAGAGUGUGACUGUAUUCUCAUGUACUCUCUUUGCAACCUUUUUACUUUGCAAAACAUAAACAAAUUGUACAUAUAUUAUAAAAGAAACUAAGGCAUUUAACAGCUAUGCAUACCCAUUAAAACCCUAGAAACCAAGCAUGUGCUUUAGGUAUCCGGCGGUGUAGUGGUUAGCACUCUCACCUCCGUGUGAGGGCCCUGGUUCAAAUCUCUGCAGGGUCCUUUCUGUGUAGAGUUUGCCUGUUCUCCUCAUGCAUGUGAGGGUCCAAAAACAUGCUUCAUGGGUUAAUUGGUGGCUCUAAAUUGUCCCUUGUGUGUGGUUGUGUGUCUCUGUUUGGCCCUAUGAUGGAAUAGCAAACUGUCCAGGGUGAACUGGAAAAGGCUCCAACAACCAUUAACCCUGAAACAGGGCCGAGUUUAGUUAAAAAAAAGGAUAAAUGUGCUUUUCAGAUAUAGUGUACUGUAAAAUGGUCUCAUUUAUCAUCUUUCAUUUAGAUCCUGUCUUUGUGAACUUAGUGUUUCCUCUGUUUAUCAUCUUGUGGUGUAAUAAAUUGCGUGUUGUUGUAGAUUAAUGCUGUGUUAUGUGUAUUGUUUUCAUAUAGUAAAAGCAUGUUUGCUUAGACGUAUAUGUAGUUGCUGGUUUUUCAGGGUUUUUAAACAGGCUCUUUGUCAUUCCUUAGCAGUGGAGUUGAAGUGGAGGAAUACGUAAGAAGGAAUUUCAACAACAUAUCACAUUAGAACAAAAACCCCAAAAAUAUUCUCAAACUAUCUGCAUGCUAUAACUUUCGGAUUUUGAACAAGAAUGGUUAAAAUCCCUUUUCUUGGCAUUCAUCUGAAACCAAUGUGUUUUGACCUGAAAGGGGGAUGUCACUUUCAAAUCUGGUCAAUGGAAAAAGUUACUUUGGAGGACACAAAUUUGUUUUUUGAACCAAAAUGUGCUCGUCUCCCUUCUUUAGAGGAUGAGUGAAAUGGGUGACUCUUUAAAAUUGUGUGAUCAAUUUCUGUUAAAUGGCAAGUGUAACAUCUACUGGUGAAACAUAAAACUACAUUUAAAUAAAAAUCCCACUUUCUUUUUUCGUGGAUUAAAUGUUUGGACAAACCUGGGAGUGGAGAUAACCGCUGUGUUGUUCUUAUAGGGAAAAGAAUAGGAAAUGAAAUAAAAUAAAUUAAAUAUUG